AUGGCUCCCGUCUCGGAGGCCUAUUUCCCGUCCCUGGACAAGUGCUUUUCCGGGGACGUUCAACUCUUGUCCUGGAAAAGAGCUUUUCUCUACUCAAUCGAUACCGAAAGUCAUGCCGACGACGGAGGCAAUAUCGAUGCCUUCUUUUCACACACCGAAUCUAUUCGCCUACUCUCCGACGGCCUAAAACCGUUUCCCUCUCCUUCCGCGAAAUCUAAAACUGAAUUCGAAUCUAAAACUGCUGCAAUUCAUGUCGAGACUAACGGCCAAAGCUCUGUUGAUCUGAAAGAGAUCAAGGCAGACGCUUUAUGGCUAAGCCAGAAGGCUGGAAUCGAUGAGAUCGCUGCCCUACGGAUCGUUGUAUUGGAGUGGCAGAGCCGUCCAGCAGUGCGCCUCACAGCCGGCUUUUCUAGCGAGGAAGCGACGAGCCUGCAGAGUGCGGCUGGGGCUGAGAAUCUUCGGGGCUCCCUGGCUGGGCCCAAUCUCACCAGUCUAUUGAACCAGACUGCCCGUAGCGAAGGUGGCCAAUCAUUCGAAAAAGAAGAGAACAGGCGUCUGCGAAUUCGCGAGCUCUAUCUCUCAGAGGCAAGCCAUGUUGUGAAGACGCUCCGCAAGCUACUUGCUUUGUCCCUACACGAUAUUAUUCCACCAACCUUUACCAUCCCCGCCAAGUCCGCUCGCAGCCGCGCUCUGUUGGAGUUAGGAGCCAGCAUUUUCCGAGAUAAGUCGACCGGCGAUGGAUUGGAGCGAUUCCUUCAGGAAUGUAUCAACUCGAUACGGAGUCGGUUAAAGAGUUUGGAAGGAGACGGUGGCUGGCUCAGUGCCGCAGAAAGCAGCGAGGAGUUGGAAAACAUCUGGCGAACAAAUCUUGUGGAGGAGAUUGUUCAUAUCGUGCAAAUUAUGUUCCACCAGCUUCAUGCUUCAGUGGAAUUUCCAAGUGCAGAUAUUCUAGUCUCCUGGCUCGAACUCAUGGCUGACUAUAGCUUCUUGGAGCCAAUUCAAGUGCCAUGUCAACAACCGGUUGAAGUAUUGCUACCUCUCCAAGCUUUCGUAUCACUUACCACAUUGGCUUUCUUAAAGCCUUCUCUCGCUAUAACCGCGAUCAGGGAUAAGACACACACCCGAUCCUCUCGUCAACCUUACUUCCUGUGCAAGAAUAAACUCUCUAAAAUCAAUGAGAUCUUCCUCGCCGUAUGCGAUAAUGUGAGCACCGCAAACCCAGCGGCAUUUUCAUGGGGCUUGAUCCUCUAUACCAUGAAAGAGCUGGCAGAACACGCGAUGCUCAAUCGAGAUGAAAGUAUAAGCCGGGUCUCUGCAGACUCGUUCAACAAUCAAACGCAGAAUACAGGCCUUUCCCGAGCAUCGGAGCAGUCAUAUUACGAAGAAUUGCUUGAGUGCGCCCGAACCCCGCAAGCCACAGCUGAAGAUGCUAUUCCUAUUUUCACGUCUGAUGCUGUCAAAGAAUCAGCAUUCAACACCGUCAUCGCUCUGGCUAACCAAACCGGGCUAACAUCCGCCGUUGAUGAUACCCUCACAAACCGAUGGAUUCGGGUAUCGCUUCUUGACCUCGUUCGAGUUGCCGUCAUGUACUUGGAUUACUCUCCAGAGAUUGUAGAAUCAGUUCUGGCUAUCCUGAGUGAUAAUGGCAACGAGCUGUCGAAAGAAACCGGUUCUCUUGGGUCUACCAGCGAUCCCAGGUCUCUAUUCGCUAAGGACCAGGACUUGAUGGAGGGCGUUUUCCACAUUGCACGAUCCCGUUUCCCUUAUGAAACGGUGCCCUUUUUACGGCUUUGUCGUGCUCUCGUCAGCGAGCACACUUUGAAUGCAGAUGGCUUGCCAGCAAUUAUUGAAGAGUUGGAGAACAUGGAUUCUUUCACACAAAUCGUAUCACCCACUUUCCAAGGCUAUGCUACCAUUCGGGAAGAUGAGAAUGCCAAUCUCGUCGCCUUGCUUCAACCUCUUCCAAUGCUCGAAAUCUCGUCCCACAGCCGGCAACUCGACCAGGGGCCAAGCAAUGCUCUCAUUGUCAGCAGUUCAUCUCAAAUCCCACAGCAGAGUGUUGGGCAAAUUAUCUCCGACUCAAAACCUGCGGUCAUCAUGUGGAAGCAUCAAUACUCAUGUCUAAGCUUCAUAGGGAGCUGGCUUGAAGAAUGGAGCGAGACCGGUGGGCAAUCGCCAAGCUGUACAGAUGACACUGUCGCGGAAAUGAUCUCGCUCUUGACAGCCUUGAUAGUCAACUCUAAGGCACCAAAAUCCGAUGAGGCAAGUGGCAAGAAGAUUCUCGAGAUGGCUAGCGAUGGGUUGUCUAAACAGGGUGACAUAAUUUCUGUGAUUUUUGACAUCUUUGAACGGAACCUGCAGACCAUUGGUUCCCGAGGAGAUUCAGGUAAAUCCCUCGAGGCUACCAUGUCAUGCCUGCGCUUUAUCAAGGCACUCCUGAAGAUUCUUCCCAGUCGAGUGUGGCCUUUCCUCGGUCGCAGCAGUCUCAUUGGGUCCGACGGCAAGGGAGGAAUCAUGACUGCCAUCAUUUCAGCCAUAGAAAUGCCUUCUGGCGAGUAUCCAUUCCUCUUAGGCUGCGUCGAUCUCGUGGAUGCUGUAAUUGAUGAUGCGGCAUCCCGAGCGGUGUUACGAAAGAGCCCGGGCAGCACGACGAGCAAAUCAUCGAUUGCGUUGGACUGGAGUGCCGGCAUUCCUUCUCAUGCCAUGAGGACUAUUCUGUUGAAUUUCACUCGCACGAUGGUGGAAAUCUUCAACAGCAGCGGAAACUGGAGAUUCAAUCUACCCGAUCAACGGUUCAAGAUCAACUCAAUGCUCGCCACCUCUUUCGAACGUGUUCUAUACUAUGCUUUCGGGAUUAAUGACAGCCCAAAACUGGAAUCCAAAAUUACCGGCGUCUUUUCUUCAUCUGCGGCGUAUAUCUUGGAUAUGCUUCGCCCUAGAUCCACUGCUGACCUUCCUUUCAAUCCCAUUCUUCGGUUGAUUGCCGAGGGUCUCCAAACGCCCCCAACCCUCCACCUCAGAUACCUCACCCUCUUCGAAAAGCAGAUCAAAUCUACAUUACGGCUCUGUAUCAAACUUGUGCAAGCAGCUCAGUUGACAGAGCAACCCGGUUCGCUUCUAGAGGAACAAUUGUUCAAAGCCAGCCCGGUCUUGGUCAAGCUCUACGCACUACAUGAUGCGUAUAAAUUGCCAGUUGUGUCGUUGCUCGAGAUCUUGAUCUCAAACGCUGCUUCGAACCCAGAUAGUGAACCCCCCUCCCUUGUUGGCCACCUUGGGGCUGAAUCAUCCUGCCUGUUCCUCGAUGUGUUGUCACAGCUCGACAAGCCAACGUGCGAUCGGCCUCUACUUCUUGCAGUAUGGCAGCUGCUGUCCACAUUCGUCAGCAAGCGCCAACAGUGGCUUGCAGUAUUUAUUCUCACGGGAUCAUCCCCUCGCCAGACUCUAAAGAAGGAAGCUACAUCUGGUGGUCUCAAGAUGAGAAGCAUGCCGUUCCUAGAUAUGGCGCUUGAAAAGUUGUCUCACAUUGAUCAACAAGAGCCGCAAGUAACCUUGGCCAUGCUCGAGUUCGUCUCUCGCGCCCAAGAGAACUGGCCGUGGGCCACUCCUCAUCUGAGCAAACAUCCCGAGUUUUUCACCAGCAUCGUUAAUUUUGUCUCGAAGUUGAAGAUUUCUUCUCUUCCUGUGAUGGAUCAAAUCCACGCCACGCGAAUUGCAGCUGUUGUCGCUGACCUGUGCGCGGUCUACCUACACUCGGCAAAGGAGAUGGGAAAUCGAAGCUUCAUCAAGACUUUGAUCCCGUUGGUGUCGUGGUAUGCUAAGGAUGCAGUUGAGGUGUCGGCGUACAAUUCCUCAUUGCAUGCCAACUUGAAGAAGAACUUCGAGAUGCGGUACCCUGGCUGCAAGCUCACCGACUUCAAGAGGACACCGCUUGAGGUCCGUAACCUAGGACGGGAUUACUACUACGACUUGAGUAUGGGAGACAAGCUGCUGUCCUACAAUUUUGCCUGGACGGCGAUCAAGAACCGCGGCUUUGCCGAUGAAUUCGAGCGUGCCAAUAUCAACCUGUCUCUUGUCGAGGCGCAGGUGAGUCUUCUCAAUAGCUGGAAGUUCUUCGCUAUCGAGCACUGUGUCGAUUUCAUGCCCGAUACCGAAGUCCGAAAGUCAAUGGCACUAGUCGCGCAAAGUUGUCUCAAUGCCAACAUUAGCAGUGGCCCUCCUGAAGCCAUCUUUGAGCGGAUUCAACAAACGCGCGUUGAAUUCGCCCAGAUCCUUCUCCAACGCCUUGUCGAGGUCCACGCUCGAGGCGCCGAAGUCUUCCAGCUUCUCGAAAUCACCUGGAAAGCACUGCGUGCACGACACCUGACCUACGAGGACGCUUUGAUCAGUGACGAUAUUGAUUACUUCCGUUCCCUCCUGAAUGUGCUGUUCCUCGCUCUCCAGUUCCACUUGGAUAGCCCCACUCGGAGCGCCCCCGAAGCUAUCAAUAAAAAGGCCGAGAUUUCAUCGGAUCUGACCGUCAUCGUGGAGAUUGUGAAAACAAUCGUGGCCCAGGGCUUCAAAUCUCUCACAACCUAUCUCCAUGACGAUCCUGAAAAAUGCACGCCGAAAGAUUUCGCCAUUAUCAUUGCUAUCCUGCAGACAUCCCUGCAAGUGAAGAACGCCGAUCGUCUCUAUGAGCAUAUCGUGUACCACAUUGAGGAUAACGACACCGCUCGUCAUGCAACGACACUCUUCUCCUGGGCUGACCAAUUAGCCGUGGCCGGCGAUCCUGUGUACGCAGAGCUCAGCAUCUCGAUCUUAGUCAAGAUGUCAACCCUGCCCAUGCUUGCAGAACAUCUUGCCGUCGAGGCAGUUCUGAUGAAACUGUCCACCUGCCGACUCACUACCAUUCUCACCAACAAGCAAGCAUUCGGGGCCUUCGACCCUGUUCCGCGACUGUACGCCAUCUGGACUGGAGGAUUCCUUCCUCUGUGUCUGAACAUGCUCUACAGCGUCAUGCGGACAGCGCCCGAGGUCGCAGCAUUCUUGAACCAAUUCGAAUCUCGCCUGACCCGCGCGACAGAGGCAUUCUCCAGCCACACGGCCAUUGCCUCCGUUCCGACGUCCAAGUGGAUCAGCCUCAGCAUGGUCUCCGAAGCCUACUCGCUCGCGCUGAUCUCGCUCAUUCUAGACCGAUACCGCGGAGCAGGUGCCAGCGCCGGAUUCGAUGCCCAGGCUAUCCAGGAUCUUAAGUGGGAUCGGGUCCAAGUCAAGGAAGAUAUUGAGGAACUACUUAGUCGCCGACCUGCCCUGCGCGCUCGCAUUGCCGCAACCAAUGAAAAGGAGAUCGCGUGGUCCCGACAGAAGCCUGUCGAUCCGGCUUCUGGGGCGGAGAACCGAUUGGAGGAGAAGGUUGUCAGUGAGAUGAAGGCAGCAAUCACCUGUCUGGGUGGGGAGGAGUCAUGA